AUGGCGACGUCCAGACGUUUACAAAAUGCAGCACAAGUUCUGGAUGAAAUUAUGGCAAUGGAUGUGGAUGAAAUUGAUGAUGAAGAUGAUGAUAAUGACGAUGAUUAUAAUGAUAAUGGUAAUAGCACUGAUGAUACUGAACUUGAUGAUAUGUCAGCUGAUGAAAGUGAAGCAGUAAGCAGCGAAAACGAAACUGAAACUAAUAAUGGUAAUGAAAAUUCUUGGUGCAAAGUAUGUGAUGUUGAUUUUGUUGUAGACAGAUAUGACUUUAGCAUAGCUAAUACUGGAGUACAGAUACCUGCAGGCUCUAUUCCAAAAACUGUAGGUGGUAUGUUUCAGUUAUUCUUUACUGAUGACGUCAUGCAAAAUGUAGCAGAUGAAACGAAUAGAUACGCUCGAGCUGAAAUUCAUGCUAUGCGAGAUCAACUAAAACUGCGUUCAAUAUGGAAAAAAUGGCGUGAUGUCUCUCUGACUGAGAUGAAAUGCUAUAUUGGUGUGAUACUGAAAAUGGCUAUAACAAAUGCAGCUGAUGUGAAGGAUUAUUUUUCAACAACUUGGGACAACUACAUGCCAUUCUUCACCGACUUGUUUACUAGAGACCGCUUCUGUAUGAUACACUGGAUGCUUCACGUCCAACCACCAUCAAAUCCAGAUCCAGGUCAGCGUCAAACAAGAGGUGAAAAAGUAAAGAAUAUGGUAGCUCAUAUGAAAAGUAAGUGUGCAGAGCUCUAUAUACCCGAACAGAACAUUGCUGUGGAUGAGACUACAAUUAGUUUCAAGGGUCGCACUUCAUUCCUCAUGUAUAAUCCACAAAAGCCUACAAAAUGGGGUUUACGUGUGUAUUCAUUGGCUGACUCUAAAACUGGUUACUUUAGCCAAUUUGAACCCUAUUAUGGUUCAUGUACCAAAGAUAUCCUUCCGUACCCAGAUCUAUCGGUUCCUGCAAGAGUAGUGCUACAGUUGGUCAAAGGACUAAUUCAAGAUGAUCGAUCCUCUGGAUAUCAUGUUUACACCGACAGAUAUUAUACUAGUCCAGCACUGGGUGUCGAGUUGACAAAACUUGGAGUGUCAAUUACAGGAACAGUUCAGAAGAACAGAAAGCUUUUACCCAGCGAUAUAAAAAAGAAACUGAAAUUGAAGAAGAAUGAAUCAGUUGCUUGGAAAAAUAACAAACAGUUAGCCCUUGUGUGGCAAGAUAAACGACUGAUUUUCAUGUACAGCACAUUUCACAAUGCUGUUUCUGAAGAGAAAGAGAGACGAAAGCGAGGUGGUGAAGUUGAGAAGAUAAUAAAACCUUGCGUUAUUUCUGAUUAUACAGAACAUAUGGGAGCGGUCGAUAGAUUUGAUCAUUAUGCAGUAUCAUACAACUUCUCUAGAAAAACAGUCAAGUGGUGGCGCAAAACGUUUUACUGGUUGCUUGAGGUGGCAAUUGUAAAUAGCUACAUUCUCUGGUGUCAGUGUUACCCCCAAGAUAAACUGCGUCAUCUUGCAUAUCGCAGAAAACUCAUAAAUGAAUUAGUAAAAGAUCAUCGUGCAACGAAAGAGGUUGUUCGUCGAGGACGUCCUUCUGAAGAUUUUAACCUCCACAAAACACACUGCAUUUAUCUAGGAUUAUUUAUUUAA